GGAAAAAGUAUUCGGCUCAGAUCCGAAUUCACCAAGUAAGAGAGACCCACGAUGACCAAGACGUUCGACGCCCAAGACACGCUCCCGAAGCUUCCCAUUCCGGAGCUUGCCGACAGCCUCAAGCACUACGCGCGCUCCGUGAGUGUCCUCCAAACGCCCGAGGAGCAUGCCGCGACGCAAAAGAAGAUUGACUCGUUCUUGGCGCACGACGGCGCCGCGUUGCAGGAGAAGCUGAUUGAAUACGCCAAGGACAAGAACAGCUUCAUCGAGGACUUCUGGUACGAAGCGUACUUCAACUACAAGGCGUCCGUGGUGCUCAACGUAAACCCGUUCUUCGUGCUCGAAGACGACCCGACCCCCUCGCGCGCAAAUCAAGUCAGUCGCGCGACGUCGCUCAUUGUCAGCAGUCUCAAGUUCAUCCAUGCGCUGCGCACAGAGACGAUGAAGCCCGACGUGUGGCGCACGACACCUCUGUGCAUGAACCAGUUCCGAAUGCUGUUUGCCACGGCGCGAUGCCCCACGGAGACGAACGACGCCGUGCAAGUCGCCCCCAACUCGAAGCACAUUGUGAUUGUGUGUCGCAACCAGUUUUACUGGUUUGACGUGAUGUGGGAAGACGGCACCGCCGCCAUCACGGAGCGCGAAAUCAUGGACAACCUGCGCCGCAUCGUCGACGACGCCAACUCGCGGCCCCCCGCGACCGUGUCGUCCUCCGCCGUUGGCGUCCUCACCACCGAACACCGCGUGAGCUGGGCCAAGCUGCGCAAGGUGCUUCAUCAGGACAACGCCGAGACGCUGGCCAUGAUCGACCGCGCCUUGUUUCUGGUAUGCUUGGACCACACGUCGCCCCCCACAGCGUCCGACUUUGCCUCCACAGCCCUCCACGGCACGUACGAGAUUGUGCAAGGCCACCAGACUGGAACGUGCAUGAAUCGUUGGUAUGACAAGUUGCAGAUCAUCGUGUGCGACAAUGGCGUCGCCGGCGUCAACUUUGAGCACUCGGUCGUGGACGGCCACACAGUUCUGCGCUUUGCCUCGGAUGUGUUUACGGAUACUGUGAUACGAUUUGCCCAGAGCAUCAGUGGCACGACCCAGUCGUUCUUGACGGGCGCGUACCGUCCCCCCACAGACGAUCUACACAUUGCCCCCGUGCGCUUGGAAUGGAAGCUCAACGCUGAGCUGCUGCAAGGCAUUCGGUACCGUGGCUAUUCAGAAGUAGUACUAUAUAGUACCCAACUUGUGUGUAGCUUUGCUGAAGCCCGCCUCAGCGAUUUGAUUGUGCAAAACCAAACGCGAGUAUUAGAGUUCAAAACGUACGGCAAGAGUUUCAUCACCAAACACAACUGCUCCCCUGAUGCGUUUGUGCAAAUUGCCUUUUUGGCCGCUUACUAUUUGCAAUACGGCACGAUCGUGAACCAAUACGAACCGGCCAUGACCAAGCGAUUCCUUCACGGACGCACGGAAGCCAUUCGAUCGAUGACCCCUGAAACGAAAAAGUUUCUGGAAUUGUUUGUCGACGAGAACGCCAACUUGCUCGAUCAGACGGCGGCGCUGCGCGCGGCCGUGCAGUCGCACUCUGCCAUUGUCAAGCGCUGCGUCAGUGGUCAAGGUGUCGAGCGUCACUUGUAUGCGCUGCAGCAACUGCAUCAUAUUGUGUCCCCUGGCGAGCCCGAGCCAGCGUUUUUCACCGACGACGCGUGGCUCAAGCUGGGCCGGAGUGUCAUUUCUACGAGUAACUGCGGGAAUCCGUCGCUGCGUCUGUUUGGCUUUGGUCCGGUGGUGCCGGAAGGGUUUGGCAUUGGAUACAUUAUCAAGGAUGAUGGCAUCCAGUUUUGUGUGGCGUCCAAGCAUCGCCAAACCCAGCGGUACUGCGAUACGCUCGAGUCGUACUUGCUCCAGAUGCAAGCGAUGUUGACCAAGGAAGAGUCUGUCAAGUUCCCCAAUUCGGCCAAGCCGUCCAUGGGACGCCAUCGGGCGGCGUCCAUCGAAGACACGGGCUACGGCUUCUUUGAUGGCGGCGCGUCGGAGCAGCGCAAAGUGACCAAGACCCCCCUGGUUGGUCGGCAGUUGUAGUAAUUACAUUAAUUAGUAUUGUGAAUUCGCUAUAAACUUGCAAAGUUCGCUAUAAACUUGCAAAGUUGGCGCCUGGUUUGUCAAAUUGAAUUAUGCCGGAGUUCUGAUUGGUUGAAUAUAUAUACUUGUCCUUUCUGCAAGAGCCAAUCAAAUCCACUUAAAAAUGGAUUAGCCAAUAGUUAGCGUCAAUUCGAUUCGGCGGCGAGAUUCGAUUUGCCUGG